AUGGAAUGGGAUGGGAUGGGAUGGGAUAGGGAUGGGAAUAGGGAUAGGAAUGGGGAUAGUGAUGGGAAUAAGGAUAGGGAUAGGUUCGGGGAUAGGGAUGGGGAUGCGAAUGGGAACGGGAACAGGAAUGGUAAUAGGAAUGGGGAUGGGGAUAGGGAUGGUGAUUGGAAUGUGAAUAGGGAUAGGGUCGGGGAUAGGGAUGGGAAUGGGAAUGGGAAUGGAAAUGGGGAUGGGGAUAGGAUGGGAAUAGGAAUGGGGAAGGGGAAGGGGAUAGGGAUGAGGAUGGGGAUGGAGAUAGGGUUGGGAAUAGGGAAUAGGGAUGGAGAAGGGGAUGGGGAUGAUGGUGAGGAUGGGGAUGGGGAUAGGGAUAGGAGGAAUGGGGGUGGGGACGGGGACGGGGAUGGGCAUGAGGAUGGAGAUAGGGAUGGGAAUAAGAAUAGGGAUAGGGAUAGGAAUAAGAGGGAUAGGAAUAAGAGGGAUAGGAGGGAUGGGGAUGGGGAUUAG